UCCGCUCCUGCGCAUCUUCUCAGCGAGGAACCUCUCCACACAUGCUGUGCGUCAAAUUUUCAAAAAUAUUUUAUUUACUUAGUUAAUGUUUACCAGCACUCGGUUAUUCCAUCGAUUGCUGUCGUAGAUGUCACGCACACUAAGACGAAUCAUGACAGGUACGCGCGCUCAAUCGGGUCAGCUGUCUGUGAAGACUAAGACCGACGCGCACAAUUAAGGUGGUGUCGAAAACAAACAGGCUGGCUCAUUCAUUUGGCUCCGAGAAAGAAGCUUAGUGAGAAGCAAGGAGGAAGAACUGUGGAACUAACAGCCGGAGAUGCGACAUGAGUAACAUCAGUGAUGGAGUUGGAGGGCUUCUGCCCCUCUGGAACUUCAAUGGAUCCUCAUUCAACAAGUCCAGCGACCUGUUGGCCAACGCAUCGUGCAAUGUGUCCACAAAUGAUUCGAUAUUCUGCUCGACGGCAGACGACAACACGGGAGCUACAAGUCCAUACAAGGCGGUGGAAAUGUUUUUUAUCGCCCUAGUUACUGGCUCGCUGAGCCUCGUUACCGUCACAGGGAACAUUUUAGUCAUGCUGUCCAUCAAAGUCAACCGCCACUUACAAACUGUCAACAACUAUUUCUUGUUCUCGUUGGCAUGCGCCGACCUGAUCAUCGGUGUGUUCAGCAUGAAUUUAUACACCGUUUACAUCAUUGUGGGAUACUGGCCCCUCGGGCCCGUGGUCUGCGACCUGUGGCUUGCUUUAGAUUACGUAGUGUCCAACGCGUCAGUGAUGAACCUGUUGAUUAUCAGUUUUGAUCGCUACUUCUGCGUGACCAAGCCCCUCUCGUACCCCACGAGAAGGACCACUAAGAUGGCGGGAUUGAUGAUCGCGGCUGCCUGGAUCUUAUCCUUCAUCCUUUGGGCCCCUGCCAUCUUGUUCUGGCAAUUCAUCGUUGGGCAGAGGACAGUGCCACCUGGAGAGUGUUACAUUCAGUUCCUGUCGAACCCUGCGGUGACAUUUGGCACAGCUAUAGCGGCUUUCUAUCUUCCAGUCAUAAUUAUGACCGUGCUGUACAUUCACAUCUCUCUGGCAUCCAGGAGCAGGGUUUCCAAACAUAAACCCGACAAGAAGGAGAAAAAAGGCUCAAAAGCGCCAAGCGUGACUAAGAGCCACAUCCUCAAGCAGAACAACAACAAUGAAACAAGUCCUCAGAACAGCCCCCGCAUGACCCCCAAGCUUAGUUUGGACUCAACAACCACUGUUGAUGAGGCUGUGAAGAACGGCAGGGUGGGUGCAGCCAAACCAGAUGGGCAACAGCCACCCGCCCAACCCAGUCCUGCGCUCACGACACAGGAGGAAAAGGAGAGCUCCAAUGAUUCGUCCACAGCUUUCAUUCCCCCGACAGAACCAAAGGCCAACAAUGAUGCGAUACCUGAGGCUCCAACUAAUUCUAACCCAGUUCCAGCAAGUCCAACAAAUCCUUCCAUAUCCAAAAUCAAUGCCACUUCAAGGUGGUCCAAGAUAAAGAUCGUUACCAAGCAAGCAGGGGAUGAAUGCAUCACAGCAAUCGAGAUCGUUCCGCCCGUGGAGGGAGUCGAGAGACGUUCGAUCCCGAUCAGCCGCCCCAGGACAGUCGCCAGGAAGUUUGCGAGCAUCGCUCGGAGUCAAGUCAAGCGAAAACGACAAAUGGCCGCCAGGGAAAAGAAAGUGACCAAAACUAUCUUUGCCAUCUUGCUGGCUUUCAUCAUUACUUGGACCCCAUACAACGUGAUGGUGCUGAUCUCCACCUUCUGCCAGUCAUGCGUUCCCGACACCGUGUGGGCCAUCGGCUACUGGCUGUGCUACGUCAACUCCACCAUCAACCCGGCUUGUUACGCUCUGUGCAACGCCACCUUCAAAAAGACUUUCAAGAACCUACUGCUGUGCCAAUAUAAAAACAUUGGCACAAGAUGAGUUGGAAGGCUACAGGGAAAGACGAGAGGGUCGGUCGGAAUGGAUGGAUGGAUGGAUGGAGGUAUUUGAAAGACGUGGAGAUUUUUAUGUUGCAAAUAAAAGAAAAUUAAGCCCACAAGCCCCCAAAAUGAUUCAUCAAAUCUGCUGUGGGGGGAGCAAGAAGGACAUACGUAUUGGUAAAAUGAUGGAGGGUUAUAUUUGAAUGAUGAGUGUAAAAUACGGAGAGGAACGACAUGGAUUGUGGAUGAAUGAAUGAAUGAAUGAAU